GUGCAGCGAAAUUCCUGGCGGGCGGGGGGAGGAGGAGGAGGAGGAGGUGGUGGAGGAGGGCGGCUCGGAGCCACGGCCGCUCGCCCCUGGCAGGGACCCUGCGUGCUGUGGCGGCGGCCGGCGCGGAGCCAGACCCCCGGGGGGCGCCGUGCGGGCGGGCUGAGGGCCACUCGCCGCCUCCUCGGGCGCUCGCAGCACCGGGAGCCGCGCCGUCCCCGGGACUCCCUCCCCGGGCGGAGAGGGGGAGAAUGACGGAGCUCCAGUCCGCCCUGUUACUGCGGAGACAACUGGCAGAGCUCAACAAAAAUCCAGUGGAAGGCUUUUCAGCGGGCUUAAUAGAUGACAAUGAUCUUUAUCGAUGGGAAGUCCUUAUUAUUGGUCCUCCAGAUACACUAUAUGAAGGUGGUGUUUUCAAGGCUCAUCUUACUUUUCCAAAAGACUAUCCACUGAGGCCACCAAAAAUGAAGUUCAUCACAGAAAUCUGGCAUCCGAAUGUUGACAAGAAUGGUGAUGUCUGCAUUUCAAUUCUUCAUGAGCCUGGAGAAGACAAAUAUGGCUAUGAAAAACCUGAGGAACGCUGGCUUCCUAUUCACACAGUGGAAACUAUAAUGAUUAGUGUAAUUUCUAUGCUGGCAGAUCCCAAUGGUGAUUCUCCUGCUAACGUUGAUGCAGCGAAAGAAUGGAGAGAAGACAGAAAUGGAGAAUUUAAAAGAAAAGUUGCCCGCUGUGUAAGAAAAAGCCAAGAAACUGCUUUUGAGUGACACUUAUUCAGCAGCUAGUAGCUUCACUUUUUUCAGGGUCUCCAAUUGAGAAACAUGGCACUGUUUUUUUCCUGCACUCUACCCACCUAUUGCUGGACUUCUGUUGUUACGAGUUGGCAAACACUGGCUGGAACUGGGCUGCAAUAAAACAUGCCAGUUAUCAAUGCUGACAAGAGCCUAACAAGUGCCAACACAAGAUGAUUACGCAUUUUGAAAUCUAAUGAACUGCUUUAACCUUCAGGAAGAAUUGUAAAGAUGUGUACAUAGCACAACAUGAUCCGGAUAAUAUAUAUACUGUUCAUGUACAUCCACAAAUACACAUUGUACCAAAUAAUGCUGUCUGUAGUUAGGAAUAGAAUCGUGUAAAUUCUAAAGAUUUUAGCAGGUUUUUCUUUCCCUAUUCAUUGUUUCCUAUCAGUUUAAAAAAUCGAAACAACAAACAACAACUUGUGAAGCAUGUCAGACUAAAACCAAUUAGGAUUAAAGUCUUUUUUCCACUUUAAUUUUCCUUUGACCCACUGAGGCUUAAUUAAAAUCUCUUGCUUAUUGAA